GGAAUGAGUUAAAAAAAAUUUAAAGGUAAAAUGAAAUAAACAUAAUAAACCAGAGGAACCCUAAACCCUUUCACCAUCAUCUUCACGUCCUCCCCUCCUCUCUUCCAGCAGCUGCCUCUCUCCGGUUUAGUUCUGCCGCUGCUGUAUAUCUUUAGCUCGUGCCUCUACACCCUCAUCCUUUGAGGGUUUGCACUGGAGUUCUACUCUAUCGUUGUUUCUGAAGCUGAAUGGAAUUGAAAACAAAACUAGCUCCAACGGGCUUUCGACUUGUUGCACGAGACAAAGAAUUUUCCAAUCAUCUCAUUCUUCUUUAUAUAUCAAAUUCUCCUUUAAUCCGUAGCUCUUAGGCGUUAUUUUGAUCAACAUUCGUAGGAUGUAGUAAGGAAGAAGACAAUGGCAUUAAGGGGGAAGAGAGCUAAUGGUGGAAGUAUGGUGGUCACUAUUGGGGGCAGCUAUUCCAGCAGUAGUUGCGGGACAAGUAUACAAAAUGAAGAGGAGGCAUUCUGAGGAGCAGAGAAUCAAGACUGCUAGGGGUAGGGAGAAGAAUUCGGAUGACAUUUUUGUCUGUGAGAGGGUCUGCACAUCAAAAAGAAUGUUGAAGAAGGUAGGGUCUUUCUCGAAAGAUCCAAUUCCUGAUACAUGCGUGACUGUCUGUGGAUUAUCUGAACUUGAUGCCUGCACAGAUGCAUGUGCUCGCACUGUUUGUGUGAACCAGCAUCAAGUACCAAACUGGAAUGACGUUUGUCUUAGGAGAUGCCAGAGUGAAUGUCUUAAGCUUUCUGCUUCAUAUUCAUCUUAGUGGAAUGAUACGAUGCGUAAAUAAUGCAGUUUUUUCUCGUAUUGCAUUUUGGAUUGUAAACAUUGGCCUGGAAUUCUUGGUUUUCUGGAGAUGAUAUGAAAUGCUUUUCUCAGUUUACCCAUCUUUCUCUUGUUAAUA